CAAAUCGGCGUUGUGCCACGGAUGACAUAAAUCAAAUCAAAACCCAGCCAGCCCUAAUUCCCUGCCUCUCUCUCUCAAAAGCCCUAAAAAUGCCUAGACCAGCUUCGAUCAUCGAAUUUCCCGAUCGAAGUUAUCGGCCGGAUCGCCAAAACGGCCGGCGCACGCCUGAAUCCGACUCUUCGCCUGUGUAUCGCCGUCGCAGCCCUUCCUACAACAGGUACGACGAGCGCCAUAGGGAGACGGAUCGAGGACGCAGCCGCCGCUCGAUAUCUCCCGCUCAUCGAAGCCCUAGGAGAAGCCCUAGUCCCAGAAGAAGGAGAAGCCCGAGCCCUUGGGCUAAAGAAAACCUAGAUUCUCUCCCGAAGAAGUUUGGCCGCAGCGAUGGUGGUGGCUACCGGAACGGAAGGGAUGUGGAAUCUGAGUCCGACGAGGAAUUGAAGGAUUUGACCUUUGAGGAGAAGAGGAGGCUGAAGAGGCAGAAGCUUAGGAAGUCGCUGAGUUACUGUAUUUGGGAGGUUACCCCGAGCCCGCCGAGGGACGAGAACGAGACGGAUGAGGAAGAGAUGGAACGGAGGGGAGAUGGUAGCUCGGACAAGCGCGGCAUGGAGGAAAGCAAGAACGAUUCCAGUGGGAAAGAGAAAUUGGGAGAUGUGAAAGGCAAAUCGGAGACUGAGUCGGGGGAUUCUGGAAGUAGCGCGUCUGAAUCCGACUCCGACGAUUCCCGUUCGAGAAAGAAGAAGAAGAGCUCGAAAUCCAAGCGCAGAAGAGGUAAGGAAUCCGAUAUCUCUCCUGGGAGUGAAUCGGAAGAUUUAAAGUCGAGGAAGAAGAAACGCAGUUCGAGUUCUAAGCGUAGGAGAACUAAGUCACCUAUGGAUAGCAACAGUGAAUCCGACGAGGAUGUGGGUGAGAGUGCAAGCGAUUCUGAAGAGGAGAAGCAGCGACGCCGGAGAAAGAAGUCAUCCAAGAAGAGCAAGAGCAGCAGAAAGAGCCGUAGAAGCAGAAGAAGUCGGAGGAAGGGUAAGCAUUCUGAUUCUGAUAGCGAGAGUAAUGAUUCCGAUGAGAGCAAUGAAAAGUCCAAGUCGAAGAAGCGGAAACACAGAUCAGGUUCACGUGCUAAACUCUCCAAGAAGAUGAGAACAUCUGAAUCCGAGGGUGAAAGUGCGGAUUCUGAUGUGAAUAUGGAUUCUGAAAUUGAUACCAAGAGCCAACCAAUAGUUGCAGAUGAGGAUGCUAUAACAGCUGAAUUGAAUGCUGAAGCUCUGAUGUUCAAAGAACUGAUCGAGGCCCAAAAGAAACCUGCUUUGGACAGUGAACCUGCUGUUGGCCCAAUGCCUUUGCCUAGAGCUGAGGGGCACAUUAGCUAUGGUGGUGCUUUGAGACCUGGUGAAGGUGAUGCCAUUGCGCAGUAUGUGCAGCAAGGGAAGCGUAUCCCAAGAAGAGGUGAGGUGGGUCUCUCUGCUGAUGAGAUUCAAAAGUUCGAGGGUCUAGGGUAUGUGAUGAGUGGUAGCAGGCACCAGAGGAUGAAUGCAAUUCGUAUCAGGAAAGAAAACCAGGUGUACAGUGCUGAAGACAAGCGUGCUUUGGCCAUGUUUAACUAUGAAGAGAAAGCGAAACGCGAGCACAAGGUUAUGGCUGAUUUGCAGCGUUUGGUCCAGCGCCAUAUUGGACAGGAUGUGGGUCCGACACACGAUCCAUUUGGUGCAAAAGGAUCUGAUGAAGAUGCUUGAGCAUAUGAGAGGUGUACUCUUUCUGUGGUACUUGUUCCAUGUCGUUUUUGAAAUCUGUAUGAUUACGGUUCUGAAAGAAUAUAGUAGCCUUUCUAAGAAUGAUUCAGUUCUGUAUUGGAUGAUUUGCAGAAAUUUUUCUAAUUUUGAACUAUGUUUGAUCUUUUAGUUUGACUUUAUGUCUCUUUGGUAAUGAUUUGAUCGAUGAAAUUGCUCUUCAUAGUUACUGGUAUGUGAAUGGCUAAGUGUGCAGUGGAUAGAAGACCAAUCACGCCCUUUGGAUGGCAGUGGUUGUCAAGUUAAAACUCAUGUUGCUGCAGCUGUUGAGCUAGCUUUCGGCUUGUAGUAUUGAAUGAAUCUUUUAUGACAUA